AUUCACCGGUAAGACAGUUAACUUACAACAACGCGAAAGAAUAUACUCUCUUUCCAAUACUUUAACCAAGACUUAACUACUAUUUGAAUAAUUAGUGUUUGUUACUAUUCGGACUGAAUUCAUUGAAGAUAUUUUGUUUUAUUUUUGUGGAGACUACAAUUUACUACAAAGAAACAACAGACAGAAACUUAACGGAUCGAUUUUGUCAACUUUUUCUCAAUCUCUACUGUUUUUCUUAUGACAAAUUGAAAAAAAACCGAAAGCUUAGUGGUUUUUUUUCUUGAAAGAAAGAAAAACUCUUCAUUCCUCUUCAGAGAAUUUUCUUGUAAAUCACAGCUUUUAAUUUCUAUUCGAGAAAGAUUAACAGAAAUAUUAAAGAAUGACAUCAGCGGUUAUACUAUUGUGCCUUCUAUUGACUGGGGUGAAUUGCCGGGAGACUUAUACAGCAAUAUUGGGUGCUGAACUAAUAUUAGAACCACCUAAAGACCUUUAUCAUCAGAACUUCGUAGUCUGGCAUGAAAGAGGCGAAGUUAAAAGUGUGCUUUUUAUCGUCCGAAAUGGAGGAAUCACUAACGGACCUCAAAUCGACGAUAGAAUAACUUUAUCCAUAUCUAGUCAAAAGGUCACACUUUCACUAAAGAGCAUCAAAGAAAGCGACACUGGUCUAUAUAGAUUUGAAUUACUAUCAGAACCGGAUAAGAGGAUAGAAUUCUACGUUAAAGUUCAACAUUCAACUGCUAGUCCUACAUUACCACGAACUGAAAGGUUGACAAGGACUACUAAAGGGAAUCAGUAUUUCCCUUCAACAACUUUAUCUACCCCGCCAUCAAACCCCGAAUCCCCCAAGUUCAGUGACGAGAUACAACUGACUUUGAUCAUCUGCUUGACAGUAAUCGUGGUAACUAUAGCCGUUGUUGUCACGGUAGUUUGCGUAUAUAAGAUGAAAGGAAAGGAUAAAAAAGACUUGGAGUCGAAUUGUCCGUCGCAACCACCUAGCCACCCGUCACCCCACUCCGAAUAUUAUGCUUCUACGAGUACAAAAUGUUCGAGCUGUUCGACUUACACAUCCAGAUCUGCAACUCCUCAUUCAUCACCUCAACAGGCUCAGGACGCUAACAGUUUCACCAGCUGUAGUCGUAUUCAGCCCGAUUAUCCUAUCCCUUUUCAUGGUGGUAAUUCUUCGAAAAUACCCAUACCAGAAGUUUUUAAAUCGUCCUCCUCGAACGGUUUUCAGCCUAUAACCGCUCCGUCUAAUCAAUCUCCUCAUUCUCACGUUUAGACGUAAGACGACUCUGUAUAAAUAAACCAGAAAACUUGCUGAAAGACAAACUUGGAAAGAGAAAGAGAAGAAAAAGAAGACCUCUUCCUUUUACAAGUCACUCCACAAAAGACUUGUACUCACUCCAUUUUACAUCUUCUCCCUAAUUCCUUUCUCUCUCUCUCUCUCUCUCUCUCUCUCUCUCUCCUUCUCUCCUUCUCUCAUUGUAUACUGCUCUUCCACUCAAAAUUUAUGGACAAUCUCAUUACAAAAACAUUUUUGUUUCUUUAGUUUUCGAGGGAAAAAAAGCAACCAAAAAACUAGUCUCUCCUUUUGUUUUAUUAUUAUUUUAUUCGUUUGUAUUAAUUUUUUGUAUUUAAAAUUAUAAAAACAAACAAAACAUCUCUCUAUCUAUGUGGGAAAAACACAAAGGCGGAUAUAGAAAAGACAAAGAUGAUGAACAGAUAAAAGAAGAUUAGCUAACCAACUGAUAUUACUUACGGAUAGGAAUAUUUUAAUGAUUGCCAAAAAUCUUGUGAUUUUUUUUUAAAAAACAAAGAAAAGAAAAGGGAAAUCUCUCUCUCUCUCUCUCUCUUUAACGCAAACAAACAAACAAACAAACAAACGAAAGAAAGAAAAGAAAAUGAAUAAUUUGUUUGCCAUUUUUUUUAAAAAAAAAAUGUUUUACCUGUUUAUUUUUGUUCGUUUAUUAUUUUUUUGUUGGAUGGAAAACUAGAAAAGAAGAUAUUACUUUGUUCUAUUCAGUUUUUUUUUGUUGAAUGUGUUCGUAGAUACUCUCGUUCACACUAAUUUCUUGCUG